UCCUUCCUUUUUUUUCCUAACAUGGAAGGACUACUGAUUCUAGCUCUCAUCAUUCUUCAAUUUCCUCUCUUCUCCUUAAGCAAUAACCACGAUUACUCAGAUGCGUUGUCGAAAUGCAUUCUAUUCUUCGAAGGCCAGCGUUCCGGAUGCUUGCCGGCCGACCAGAGAAUGACAUGGCGUUCGAAUUCCGGCCUCGGCGAUGGAUGGCAAGUGAAUGGCGCUCUGACCGGCGGUUAUUAUGACGCCGGCGAUAAUGUUAAAUUCGGUUUUCCGAUGGCUUUCACCACCACAAUGCUGGCCUGGAGUAUCAUUGAGUUCGGCGAAUCUAUGCCGGCCGGCGAGCUUAGAAAUUCGUUAGUGGCGACCAGAUGGGCCACGGAUUAUCUCCUGAAGACGGUUUCGCAACUGCCUGACCGAAUCUUCGUUCAGGUGGGUGACCCGAGUUCAGAUCACAACUGUUGGGAAAGGGCAGAGGAUAUGGAUACAAUGCGGACGGUUUACACAGUUGAAUCUCCGAACCCGGCCUCCGAUGUCGCCGGAGAGACAGCGGCAGCUCUAGCCGCCGCGUCCAUCGCCUUUAGGUCUUCAGAUCCUGGCUAUUCCGAAACUCUUCUUAGGGCAGCCACCAUGUCCUUUCAUUACGCUGAUAGUCACAGAGGAGCUUACAGUGAUAAUGCCAACAUCAAAGAUGGCGUCUGCCCUUUUUACUGUGACUUCGAUGGUUACCAGGACGAAUUGCUGUGGGGAGCGGCGUGGUUGAGAAGGGCCACUCAACAAGAUUCUUACCUUAAUUACAUACAAGACAAUGGAAAAACGCUUGGAGCUGCAGACAACAUUAAUGAAUUCGGUUGGGACAAUAAACAUGCUGGUCUCAAUGUUCUUGUCUCCAAGGAGGUUUUUGAAGGGAAUAUGAUGUCGUUACAAUCAUACAAAGCAUCGGCAGAUAGUUUUAUGUGCACUUUAAUACCUGAAUCAGAUUCAUCCCAUAUUGAAUAUACUCCAGGUGGACUCAUAUAUAGACCUGGAGGAAGCAAUUUGCAGCAUGCAACUUCCAUAUCAUUUCUAUUAUUAACAUACGCAGAAUACUUGGAUCGAUCUUCUCAGACUGUUAACUGCGGUAGCGUCGCUGUUGGAGCAGCAAGGCUUCGACAGUUGGCCAAACGACAGGUUGAUUACAUAUUGGGAGACAAUCCUAAGGGAAUGUCUUAUAUGGUUGGAUACAGUGAUUACUACCCGCAAAGAAUUCAUCAUCGAGGAUCAUCUAUGCCUUCGAUUAAGGAUCAUCCUGAAAUGAUCAAGUGUAAGGAGGGGACUGUUUAUUUCAACAGUUCUAACCCGAAUCCAAACUUGUUGGUGGGUGCUAUUGUUGGUGGGCCUGAGGAGGAUGAGUUGUAUGAGGACGUUAGGGAUAAUUUUCGCAAGUCGGAGCCGACUACUUAUAUUAAUGCGCCGUUUGUCGGCGUGCUCGGGUAUUUUGUUGCUAACCCGAUUGCGGGUUAGUGAUUUGGAACUCGUUAAGGCCUUAUGGUGUAAAAGAAAAAAAAAAUCCGUGAUAAUUAGGAUUUGAACAUUAAGGCUGUAUGAAUAAUGGUCUUUCAUCUUGUUGAAAUACAAGUAUUGAAGAGGCCUGCUUGUCUGGUUAGAAUAGAAGUUUAAGUUUAGUGAAAAAAGCAUGUACUCUUGUUUGAUCACAAGUGAUUAAUAUAAUAUGAAAGAAUUAAUCUCGACCGACCG